GAGAGGAACCGGAGGCGGCCCCGAACCAUAAAGUACAGCGUGUUUUCUACCAGCCGUGAUUCACCAUGUGCCGCGCGACAGCCAGAGGACAUCUAUUUUAGCUGCUAGCUUAAACUUUCUGUCAAGUUUCUGCGUCGUUUUAAAGAAUUUGCCAUUUUUUCAUGACUUGUAACGAUGUUUUAAAGUUUAACUAGCAAUUUUAGUCACGGUGUUAUCACAGUUAAGCUUUAAAUUUCUGUUUUUAUUAGCAAUUAGCCUGUUUUUGUUAGGAUUUGCGUCGCUUUUUGUGUCUUAGCAACAAUGGACCCUCCUCACCCGUUCAUCCACGAAGUUAAACUCACCAAGGCGCAGAGAAUAAGGGGCAUGGUUCUGGGCAGCGUCCUCUUCCCUGUGCGCAUGUUCCUGGGUGCUCUCCUCUUCCUGCUCAUGUGGCCUAUUGCUCGCCUUCGAUUGGCCGGUUUGUCCGAAGAGGAACGUUCCCGUCCGGUGACUGGCUGGCGGCAGUGGCUGUUGCAUCCGUUCAUGUGGAUGCUGAGUCGUGGGGCGUUCCUCUGCAUGGGGUUCUUCUGGUUGAAGGUCAAAGGUCGUCGUGCAAGUAACAAAGAGGCUCCAGUUUUGGUGGUGGCUCCUCACCGUGGCUUCCUGGACAUGUGCGUCCUGCUGCCCACACAGCUCCCCACAGUGGUGUCGCGCUCGGAGAACACAAACCUGCCCGUCAUCGGAGCUCUUCUUGAGUAUAAUCAGUCGGUGCUGGUGAGCCGUAAGGACCCUGAAUCUCGUAAAAAGGCCGUGGCUCAGCUCAAAGAGAGGCUCACAUCCAACGGGUACUGGCCCCAGAUGCUUAUGUUCUCUGAAGGAACAACAACAAAUGGGAAGGCGCUGAUCAAGUUCAAACCAGGUGCGUUUCUGGCCGGAGUCCCUGUCCAACCGGUUCUGCUGAGUUACCCCAAUAAACUGGACACCGUCUGCUGGACCUUCAAAGGCACAACAUGGCUGGAGUGUUUGUGGCACACUGCCUCUCAGCUGUACACUAACAUGACUGUGGAGUUUCUUCCAGUUUACAACCCGUCAGAGGAAGAGAAAAACGACCCCAGUCUUUACGCUGACAACGUUGAAAAACAUAUGGCGAAAGCUCUGGGGAUUCCGGCCACAGACUACGUCCUGGAGGGUCGUGGCCCAGUGAGUAAACUUGGAGGUUUGUCGCUGCCAUUUGAAUCUCCUCCAAGAGAAACACUCGCCCUGCUCCAAAAGAAUGGUUUCACCUCGUCGGACAUUGAAGCCGCUCUGGGCAGGAUGAUUGACAGGUGCCAGUCACAGAGACAGGGACAAAGUUCAGAGUUCAGAGUCAACGUGGAUGAUCUCAUGUCACUUCUGAGGCUGAAGGACCGAGAAACGGCUUUAGCGAUCUGUGAACUGUACUCCAAGGACGAGAGUGUGGACCUCAGGCAGGUUUAUGUGAGCGUAGCCUCCAUCUCUGGGUUUGUCUCCUUCAAAUCACUGCUGCAUACAGCCUUCACUCUGUAUGACGAAGAAGGCAAAGGCAGCUUGAAUGCAGAGGAGCUGCCUGGCAUCAUGGGGGCGCUGUUGGGUGUUCCGCAGUACAACACGUCAGAGCUCUACAGCGCCGCCUGCAAACAGGAUGGAGUCACUGAAGAUGACCUGUUGCGAGUGUUGACUACUCAUCCAACCUAUCAGAGAGUAACAAACGAGUACCUGCAGCCCGAGGCGGCGGGUUCUAGGCUGCCAAUCACUGCUCUGACCAAUGACAACACGGUGAACAACAACAAAAGCUUCACCAAUGACAACGGGACACUACACUCCAAGAAAUCUGACUGAAAAAACCAAUACAUCUUACAUUUUCAUGGAUUACAAGAAAAAGUCACCAAAGAUCAUCUCAGGUUGAAGUUUAAGCGGCAAAGAAUGUUUUUACAAUGGACAAUCUCAAAAAUCUUAUUUUUAUAUCAAUUGUGUUGAUGCUUAGUGUUGAAAUGGUGUGUGUAUGUUUACCAAUGUGCCUUAUUGCCUCAGAAUGCUUUUCAAAUGCUGAAUUCAUGUUUAUCGUUUUAGCCAUAAUUGUUAUUUAUAUUUGUGCAUUGAUAUUUUAAGGAAAGGAAAACAUACUUAUAAAUGUGAUAUUUAUUAUUUUUUUCUUUUUUAAAUAUUUAACAUUUAAUAAAACAGAAUUUAUUUUAAUUCUCGUAGUUGAUUCACUUUCACUGUGCCUUCGACUCAUUAUUUUGGUUUUCCCAAUAAAGUGGUAUGUUGCUGAAACGACAGUUAAAGAAAGGGCAUUAUGCAAAAUUGAUGUAUUUUACCACUUAGCACUUUUAAUAUUUAUUUAUGCAAGCACAGUAGAAUUUGUUUUUCCAAAAAUGUUCAUAAAAAUUUGAUGUAAGAC